UGUGAGUGGACGGACGAGGAGAGAGACGGACCAUCCGGGUUGCGUCUGGACUGGUACUCUAUGGUUGUCCGCCCCCUCCCCCCCCACGCUUCCUCUCUAGCCGUUCGCGCUCUAUGCUCCGCGGUCGCGGGCCGCCCGCCGCCAGCCGGCCAGCGGGGAAGGGUGCGCAGAGGGAGGCGGGGCGGGAAGGCAAGAGGUGUCCUCUCCACCGGAGCGGCGGGAGACCCGAGUAGGCUCUGUGACAGCUCUUCGGCCGCCAUGUCAGCGAGCGGGGCUGGAAACAUACCCGGCGCCCAGCCGUAGCCCUGUGUUCGCCUGCGACUCCCAGACAUGGACGGACUUGAUUGAAACUUAAAGCGUUCCACAAAAGAUGCUCUGAUGGAUGACAGCGGAACUCCUACAGGUAAUCUGAAGAUAGAGUCACAAGAUGGGUGUCAUCCCGGUGACGGCGUGGGAAGCAUAGUGACACACUUGCCUUCUGCCUCGGAUGAAAAUGAAAAUCAGCUGGAUGGGGAUGGGCAUGCGUGUCUGAGCAGUGGUGCCAGCGCCAUGGGCCAACCUGAUGUGCUUGCCCAGGACAGUCUCAACAAUAACGAGAACUGCCCGUCCAGCAGUGAGGUGGCCGUGUGCGAGAGCUUGGAAAACACUUCUUGUGAAAGCCCCCAGGAUGGGCUGGCCCUCAUGGGAAAGGAGAAAAAAAUACCUGGAAAAAGAAGCCCAAGAGCCAAAAGAGGCACAACUAAGAAGAUACCACAAGGACUUUGUUCAGGAGAUGCUACACCUUUGAUGCGAGAAAAUACACUAAGUGCGUCCACACAUGCUGUGAGUGAUGAAGAGUCCGCAGAAGUAAACGCUAAUGAUCAACCCGAGGCCCCAAAGCGAGUUCUUCAGUAUCUGUUCUCACUUAUACGAGGGGAAGUUGAGCAGUUGGAUUCCAGAGCACUCCCCCUCUGCCUUCACCAGAUAGCAGAGUCCUAUUUCCAGGAGGAGGACUAUGAGAAAGCAAUGAAAUUCAUUCAGCUUGAACGACUGUAUCAUGAGAAAUUGCUCGCAAAUCUCUCUGCCAUUCAAGAAGAGUGGGAAACAAAAUGGAAAACUGUACAACCACAUACAGUUACAUCUCUAAGGAAUUCAGAAAAAGGAUUUAAUGGUGAAGAUUUUGAACAGCUUGCUAAGUUUUGCACAACACACCAAGAUCCUCUUUUAUCCAAACAUAAGGUAGAAGCUGUAGAAAAGCCUCUGGGAAGGAAAUGUUUUACGCAGUUAAUAGUUUCUGAGGACCUGAGGGAAGGAGGAGCCACAGCCGAAGAGCCGGAGAGUGAAAGUUGUCUUGGCCCCGAGCCAAGGGGAGAAAGCCCCGGUCAAGAGAGAAGCCAGGAGAGCAGCCCGGGCUGUCUCCCGAUGGACAGGCAGGCCGCGCCCCCGAGCCUGCUGGUAACUGCGGGGGAGCGCCACCCGGAGGAGCCGCUGUGCGGCGCGGCGGCCGCGCGGGAGUUGCACGCCCCGCCCUGGCCCUCGGCCGGGAGCCGCUCGGAGGACGCCUGUGAGGAUGACAGCCGCCCGCAUUGGCCUCAGACGGAGGCCUGCCGCGAUGUGGCCGCCGCAGCCCCCGCCGCAGCCCCCGCGGCGUUGCUCCCCAGCGAGUCCAUGCUAGAGCCCUUGAUCUCACCCGGCUCUGACCUCUUAGCUCCGGCGCCCGCCUCCGAGGGACAGUAUUCCCGGACUCAAAGAGAGGGACUCCGUUUGCCACUGAAGGAUGCUUCUGAGGCGUUGCCCACGGACCGCCUUGAGAACAGUGACUCCAGUGAGCUGCAGCAACCUGAUCUCACAGACAGCGAUGGAAAAUCACCACGCGGGCCGCCGGACCCACAGCGCUCUGACAGGGCACUUUGUGAGAGUGAUCAAGUGUCUGACUUAAGUGCGCUGCGGCCAGAGGUGUGUAUGGCCCCCGAGGAGAGGGGGGGUGAGGACGAGCACGUCAGUAAAGAGACGGAAGACUAUUUGAACAGCCUGUUAGAAGGAUGCUUAAAAGAUACUGAAGACUCCCUGUCACGUGAAGACAACCAGGAGGAAGACUCGGACCUUCUUCCAGAUCUUUCUCCUGAAGAAGCCUCCUACAGUCUGCAGGAGGAUCUGCCUUCCGACGAGAGCUGUCUUUCUCUUGAUGAUCUGGCAAAAAGGAUAGAGAUUGCAGAAGUUGUCCCUGCAGAAGGACUGGUCUCUAUAUUAAAGAAGAGGAAUGAGGGUGUAGGAGACAAUCCUGCCCAGAUGCAGCAGAAACCAUCGAAACGAAGAGUGAGGUUCCAGGAGAUCGAUGAUGACUUAGAUCAAGAUGAAGUUGGAGGUGGUUCCUGUAUUUUACUGGUCUUGCUGUGCAUAGCAACGGUUUUCCUGAGUGUUGGAGGAACUGCAUUGUACUGUACUUUUGGUGACAUGGAGUCGCCCGUUUGUACAGACUUUGCGGACAACAUGGACUUCUAUUACACUAAGUUACUGCAGGGAAUGGCGGAACUGAAACACUGGGUCUACCUCUCCUAGCAGCACUCAAGAGGCACAGGCAUGCUGGCAGUGAGAAUCAAAGAGUGAACCUUUCUAAAUGGCUUUUAUUUUCAGAGUUCUGUAACAUGCAUCCCCUCUCCCCAGCGAGGAGCCCUGGACUUCCAGAAACGGCAGCUUGAAAUGGUAAUCCAGAGGAGCUCUCAGAAUAACCCUGAGCAUUGUGGAUGGAAGGAAUGGUCUUUGGAGAGCACAUCCACCCACUCCGUGCUACUUCCUAGGGGAGCGAGCUACGCCCAGCAGAAUCUCAAGGGCAUUGUUGGAGCCCCACCAUUUUUAGCUGCCUUGUCGAGCUAAUGGUUAAAGGACACUUGGUUUACAUUUGUUGGUCCAAAGACAUUGCUUCCAGCCAUCAUGCAAUAAGUUUGUGUAUAAUCAAAAGGAGUUACCUUAUGGUUUCAUUGUCUUUUUUUAGUUAACCUUGGGAACUGUGUAAUUUAGGCUUUGUACAUUAUUUCUGGAUUCUGUUCUUCAUCUGUGAAAUGAUUGUGUGUGUGCGCAUGCACGCGCAUGCAUGCAUGUCUGUUUUAGAUGGUUAUCAUAAGCAAAUGCCCGACCCAGAAUAACAAAGAUGAUCUUUAUUUGAACCUGACUAUAGAUGUUUGGGCACAAAUAGAAGGCUUAACUGUGGAACAGAUGAGUGGUAGAAAUCUCGGCCCUGAAAUCAGACACUGUGAUAGAUCUGUGACAAUUAAUUUGAUUAACUAGCCAGAAAUUAAUCAUAGGCCUAGUGGUAAAGAGGAAAAACUAAAGAGCUCCCUCUAAGUCUCAGGCACCCAGCUUCAUCAUGGAUUCAGUGCUUCCUGAAGAAUGUUGAGUGCUGGACUCACUUCUCAGUAGGUGAGCACCUGUUAGUAUGUUCUGAGAAUCUUAAGAACCAGAAUACAAAGAUGAAGAAGAUAUUGGUUCCUGCUCUAGAUGUUUUAAUUCUGGUCUUAUGUAAAAUAAACUCCUACUUUGGCAAAUGAAAUUAAAUCACGAUAUAUACUUCAGUAUUAACAAAUCACACAUUCAGCUGUUUGAAUGUGCAUUCACAUCAUGGGCUUGAUUUAGACCUCUUAUGGGGCCGUUCAGCGAAAAUUCAAUCAAUCAUAUCUUAAAUAGGUAAGUGUGUGAUUUUUGUUUCAAUCUGUCAGUUUGGUGGCAUUUCCUUUUCUAAGGUACAGUGGUCUAACAUUUAGAAAGCCUUGCUUUGGCUUUUUAUAGCAUAGGCAGCCUUUUAACAGAAACGGAACACAUGAAUUCUAGUUUUUUAGCAAGUGACCAUUAUUUCAUGUUUUUUGUUAGGAUCGUUUGAAAGAAAAAGGGAGAAAUUACUUUCUAGUUGUUACUGGCUGGUACAGUACCUCCUGGUGUGUUUCUGCUAUUUAUUUAGAUUAUAUGACUUUUAAAGGGCUUUUUAUAUAAGUUGGAAGUCUGUUGUUGAGCAUGCGUUCGGUUAUCCCAAUGCUAUGUAUUUAAUUGCUAUGUACUUAGUGUUUUGAUUUUCUAUAAUUUCGGUUCAGUGUAUUUUUAGGUUUGUUAAUUUUUAAGUUGAUGUUUUAUUUUCACUUAUAAUACUGUUUGACUUGUCUCUAUCAUGUCACCAUAAACUGUAAUAUUUUCAAGAAUUAUAGAUCAAAGAUAUUUAUUUAGAAGUGUACAAGAGAGUGAAAUUUAGAUUCCUUAUACUUAAGGCUGAUUUUAUUAGAGGAUUAUUUUAAUGUUCUAUUAUAAAUUUUAAGAAUUUGUAUUCAGAUGGUAUGUAAACUAUGUAAAAUGUUGAUGGUACUAUCUCACGUGGUUCUAGAAAAGAUAUUCUACCCAAAUCCGCUGUGAGGGGCAUCCCCAUCAGAGACAAACCUCUUCUGUUUAACCCUCAUGAUUUCUAGUUACAGGAAUUUGGUGGUGGGGAUUUCUGCCAGUUUUAUGUCAAGAUAAAUCAGAAUUUCCCUCCUGUUCACCUCUUUUAGGUCACUAUUGAAGUCCUAAAUAAACCAUAGCGUCACAUUUGCUGAAACUGAAGAUCUCACACUGGAGCACAAGGACUGAGACAGAAUAUGGGGUUCUCAGGGGCCCAGGGAGUGUCAGACAAACUGUGUGUGUUCUCAUUGCUUCCCAGGGAGCGUGAGGUGAGCUCAGGAGCAUAUUGAUAUCUUGACUUAAAAUAAGCAUGAAAUCUCAACUAGAAAAAUUAGGGCAACUUUAAAAAAUGUAAUAGUCAUUUAUUGCAUGAAUUGGAAUAACUCCAUCUGGUGAUAAAAAAAUUGUUAUCUCACGCGUAAAAAAUUCAUUCCAGUUUUACUACAAUGUAAUUUUUUCUGCCAUUUGAAAGUACUGACAACUAUUUGUAACUAAUCUUCCCUAAGAACUGUAUUUGAGGGUAACAGAUAAAGCUUGUAAUUUAAAAUGACACCAACA